AUGGAACAAAUGAAUACAGUUUUUGGUCAAGUAGCAUUCACAGAGGAAGAGAUAUCAUCGAUUUCACAAAUAUUAAGUGAAAAUAUACCAUUGGAAGAUGUAUCUACUAGACAAGGACCUGGUGGUACAACAUUAUCAUAUUUAGAAUCAUGGAAAGCAAUUAAUUUAGCAAAUAAAAUAUUUCAAUUCAAUGGUUGGAGUUCAUCAAUUAAAGAGUUAUCACCAGAUUUCAUUGAAGAGGUUAAUGUAAAUGGUAUUGUACGUUAUAGAGUUGGUGUAACUGCAAUCGUUAGAGUCACUUUAAAAGAUGGUACUUUUCAAGAGGAUGUUGGUUAUGGUUCAACUGAACAUCCCAGUAAAGGUAGUGCUAUUGAAAAUGCUAAAAAGGAAGCAGUAUCAGAUGCAAGAAAGAGAACAUUGAGAUUGUUUGGUGAUCGUAUUGGUAAUUCAUUAUAUGACAAAGAUGUCAAUAAAAAUAUGGGUGUAUUAGUUACAAAUGAAAAGAAAAAGCAAAAACAAGCUAUGAUUCAAGCUGCUGCUGCUGCUAAAAAUGCACCACAACAACAAGCUCAACAACCACAGCAACCACCACCACAACAACCACAACAAAAGGCACCAGCAAAGCCAAUGGUUCAACAACAACAGCAACAACAACAACAACAACAACAACAACCUCCACCACAACCUCAAUUUCAACAAAAUAAACCAAGUCCAUCACUAGGCACUGUGCCACCAAAACCAACCUCUUCACCACCAAAAACUGCUCCAAGUUUUCCAAUGAAAAACCCUGCCAUCCCUCAAUUCCAACAACAACAACAACAACAACAGCCUCAACAACAACAACAACAACAACAACAACAACAGCAACAAAUUGACGACGAACCAGAUUUUGGUGAUUUCCCUUAA